GCUACGCCUUCUUCGUGCUCCGGAGCCUGGGAGCUGUUCUUUUCACCAUCCGAGAGGGAGAGAGGAAGAGAAGGAGAGGGAGAAGGACCGGGGACAAGGAGAAGGAGGAGGAGGCGGGGGGAAGAGACAGAGGAACAGGACAGAAACAAGAGGAAGACUGCGUCUCCGGAGCGAAUCUGUGAACAGCAACGCCUGAAAAAAUAAGGAGCUGUUCAUUUCAGCACCAAAAAAAGCCGCUGAGCAACUCUAUGUCUUCACGGACCAUGAGCUGCAUGGCGAACAUCUCCAUUCAAGUCUGAACCUCAAUCAUUUUCCUUUUGAAAAUACAUCCACGAGCAACCCAAAAUCUUUACGACAUCAAACCGGGUGCUACUCUGAGAGCAAGAGAACCGCAAAAAUUCAUGGCGUUUGGAAUAGCUGUAAGAGAAAGCCUAAAGACGGUUGCAUCGAUGCGAGCUCCAUCUCCCUAAACCGUGAGGAAAAGCGGCUCCACGGAUAAUGCAUCUCAUCUUUAUCUUUCUCCUGAAGAUCUCUCAGAAAUAGCCAUCACUUAUGGAAACUGGGGAUCAGAAUUUUAGAAAAAAGGAUUAACAUAUCUAUUUUUGGGGAUUUGCUUUGUUUUUUUAAGAUAUAGAUAAAUAUAUAUCUCAUAUAUAUAUAUAUCUAUAGAGCAUAUAUAUUGGAUUGGAACUGACAGUGGUCUCCCUGCACACCUCUUGAUAUCUUUGCUGCCCGAUUCGUUUUUGAAGGGGGAUAUUUUCUCGUCUACCUGAGAGAGAGAAAGAGAGCGAGAGGAAAAAAAGUGUGUUGUGUGUGUGCCCGAAUAUAAUGAAGAAUUAUGGGUCUGUUUGAUCGCGGUGUACAGAUGCUUCUCACUACUGUGGGCGCUUUUGCAGCCUUCAGUCUAAUGACCAUUGCUGUGGGAACAGACUACUGGCUGUACUCUAGGGGGGUUUGCAAAAGCAAGUCUGUCAGUGAAAAUGAGACCAGCAAAAAGAACGAGGAAGUGAUGACCCACUCUGGAUUAUGGAGAACUUGCUGUCUUGAAGGAAAUUUUAAAGGUUUAUGUAAACAGAUCGACCACUUCCCAGAAGACGCAGAUUAUGAAGCAGAUGCAGCCGAAUACUUCUUACGCGCUGUCCGAGCAUCCAGUAUCUUUCCCAUCCUCAGUGUCAUCCUGCUCUUCAUGGGCGGCCUCUGCAUCGCGGCCAGCGAGUUCUACAAAACCCGACACAACAUCAUCCUCAGUGCCGGCAUCUUCUUCGUCUCUGCAGGUUUGAGUAACAUCAUCGGAAUCAUUGUGUACAUAUCAGCCAACGCGGGAGAUCCAGCGAAGAGCGAUUCAAAAAAGAACAGUUACUCCUACGGGUGGUCUUUUUAUUUUGGAGCACUGUCCUUCAUCAUCGCUGAGAUGGUGGGCGUGCUAGCAGUUCACAUGUUCAUUGACAGACACAAACAGAUAAGGGCAGGGACAAGAUCUACAGAUUAUCUCCAGUCCUCUGCCAUCACUCGGAUUCCCAGUUACCGGUACCGCUACAGACGGCGCAGCCGAUCGAGCUCCCGUUCCACGGAACCCUCGCACUCCAGGGACCCCUCACCCGUCGGUCUCAAAGGCUUUAACACGCUGCCGUCCACCGAGAUAUCCAUGUACACCCUCACGAGAGACCCCCUGAAGACCACCACCUCAACAGCCACCUACAACUCUGAGCGAGACCACAAUUUCCUACAGGUCCACAACUGCAUCCAGAAAGACAUUAAGGAUUCCUUGCAUACCAACACGGUCAACCGAAGAACAACGCCUGUAUAAAGAGCUGAACGGCGGAGAGAAAGAAAGAGAGAGUACGAACAGAAUUUAAGAGGAAAAAUAAUAAUUUACAAAAAUGGAUUAAUGAAAAUAUUAAAAGUUAUUGCAUGAAACCCGAAUUCCAUUGCAAAAAACAAUGCAAAAAGUUUGUCAAAAAAAUGAUUUUAAAACCGAAAACUAAGAAAGAAAUGAGAUAUGGGGAGAGAGAUCUCCGGCCUAAACUCCAACCAGAGAAUGGAUUGAAGGGAGCGAGAGAGGGAGACAGUGAGGAAGAGGGAGUAUUUGUCUUCAUUUAUUAAAUGUUUUAAGCGCUCUUUAUUGUUGAAAUGCUUCCAUCCCACCUCACCCCACCUGCCUUAUACCUCACCGAGAGUGAUGACAAUGGAAGGGACUUUGUCUCCCUUGUUUGAGGUGAAGAGCUUUAAGGAGAAAUUUUUACAACAUCCAGGAAUGGCAAUUCAUUCCUUGCUGUGACACAGGCCAGUGAAACAGAAGAUGUGGAAUAAAGACAGCAACAAGAAACAUCAGUUUUUAACUUGCUCAGCCGCUGACUGAAACGACCACGUGUCAAAAGGGAAAGUAAAAUAAAACAAAAUAUUUAUUCUUUUAAAAGACAUUCUAUAAGAGAGUGACAAGCUGUGGAUUUGAGAAAUUUGCAUGCAAUGGAUGGACCAACUCCCCUCUUCCAACCAAAAGCUCAAAUCAAGAAUUUCAAAGUUUUUUUAAAAUUAUUAUUUGAUAAAAUUUUAAAUUGAGUAUUGUGUAGAGAGCACGAAUUUUCAGUUGAAGGGAUGGGAGAUAGUUCAACGAGGGAACAAUACUUUAUCUCCAGGAUUAUGGUUUAUGUUUCUUUUAAUGUUUGGGUAAACAAUUCCAAUUUCGGAAGGUUUUUACUUGAAGUGAGUUUGGGACAACGGGGAGGACGAGGGAGAGUUGGCACCCUAGCGACCUCCUUAAAUCAGGAAAACCUAUUGUGCGAGUGUGGUGCUGUGUCAUUCCAUACAUUUCACGCCAGAUUUAAAAAAAAAUAAAAAAAUUUAAAAAAUAAAUAAAAUUUACCUAAAAAAAGCUUUCAUAUAUUUUUUUUUCAAAAUAAAAAAAAACAUUUUCUAUGGUUUGGACAAAGACAAAAAAAGAAACUUAAAAUUUAACAUCAGAAAGGGCCAUGAUAGAAUAUUUAAAAUAAAGUUAAACAAAAACAGGAUUCGUUGUGGUCUCCGGUGGAACAAUUUAAGAGAAGUGGAAGGAUUAAAGUGGCACUGAGGUAAAAGUAUAACCGGAGGAGGACUUUGAAUAAUAUAAAUAAUACAAUUCUCAGAACUUUAAUGGAAACGUCUUUCAUUUGACCAAAAGAGAUUUACAGUUAAAUAAAUAAAUAAGAAAAAAAGAGAAUGAGACCGCUUAACUUGUAAUUAUCGAUUCACUUCAUGGGGAGAAAUCAAAUCCAUUGAUUUAUCCCAAUUGUUACAAUUCUUUUUUUUUGUUUGCAGACUGUU